AUGGGCGCGCAGGUGAGCGCUGCUGGCGGCUUCCGCAGCCAACUCUGCGGCCAGAGCAACGCGGACUGGAUGGGGGGGCUGUGCCCCCGGCUCUGGGACCUGCCUCUGCACCUGCUGUCCAUCCCGGGCUCGCACGACACCAUGACCUACUGCCUGAGCAAGACGUCGCCCAUCUCCUCCCAGGAGCCCCGGCUGCUGCAGCUCCUGGGCCGGCUCCUGCCGUGCGUCACCCGCCCGGUGGUGCUGAAGUGGUCCAUCACCCAGGUGCUGGACGUCACAGAGCAGCUGGACGUGGGGGUGCGGUACCUGGACCUGCGGGUCGCCCACAUGCUGCAGGGCUCCGCGAAGAACCUGCACUUCGUGCACAUGGUGUACACCACGGCGCUGGUGGAGGACACGCUGACGGAGAUCUCGGAGUGGCUGGAGAAGCACCCGCGGGAGGUGGUCAUCCUGGCCUGCAGGAACUUUGAGGGGAUGACGGAGGAGCUGCAUGAGUACCUGGUGUCCUGCAUCAAGAACAUCUUUGGGGACCUGCUGUGUCCCCGAGGGGCGGUGCCGACGCUGCGCCAGCUGUGGGCGCGGGGCCAGCGGGUGGUCGUGUCCUACGAGGACGCGGGCGCCGUGCGCCGGCACGCGGAGCUGUGGCCCGGGGUGCCCUACUGGUGGGGCGACCAGGUGAAGGCGGCGGAGCUGGUGCGCUACCUGGAGCGCAUGAAGAGCUGCGGCCGCCCGGGGGGGCUGUUCGUGGCCGGCAUCAACCUGACCGAGACCCUGGAGUUCGUGCUGGCGCACCCGGGCCUGUCCCUGGAGAGGCUGACGCUGCCCAACCUGCCCUACCUGAGCGCCUGGGUGCGCGCGCAGAGCCCGGGGCCCGGCGCGCCCUGCACCAACAUCAUCGCGGGCGACUUCGUGGGCGCCGGCACCUUCGUGGGCGACAUCAUCGGGCUCAACGCCAAGCUGCUGCAGGACUAG